UUGACUGGGCCUGACAGGCCUGACGUGGUCAGUUCCUCGUCGACUAUGAGCGACGAAAGCCAUGCCAGUUACGAACGCAUGCGUUGUGUUCUCGGUGGCUCUGUCGUUUCUUGCCUUACUGCCGUCGCUGUCUCCACAGGCUCGUGCGCAGAUUUUGGACUAUGGCUUUUCUGAUCGAUACGAAACAACAGCCGCGAAUGGCCGGUCAGGUCGUUCCAAGUGGAGCGGCAACACUGAUCUUUCCGGACCACCGGGUCAUAAUAAAUGGGGGGGUGGUGGUAAAGGGCCACCAGGUGGUCGCGGUCCUCCCGGAUUAGGGGGCGGCGGUCCUCCAGGAUUGAUUGGUAAACGUCCUCCGGGCUGGAACAAAGUGGACACCGAAAAUUCGACCGAAGGUGAAAACUAUCCACGUCCAAAUAGCAAUGAAAACUAUCCACGUCCAAAUAAUGAUGAAAAUUAUUCACGUCCAGAUAGUGGUGAAAACUAUCCACGUCCAAAUAACAAUAAUAAUCAUCCACGUCCAAAUAACAAUAAAAAUCAUUCACGCCCAAAUAAUGGUGAAAACUAUCCACGUCCAAAUAACGAUGAAAAUUAUUCACGCCCAAGUAACAAUGAAAACUAUCCACGUCCAAAUAACGAUGAAAAUUAUUCACGUCCGAAUAACAACGCAAACUAUCCACAGUCGAAUAACGAUGAAAACUAUUCACGUCCCAAUAACAAUGUAAAUCAUCCACGUCCAAAUAACAAUGAAAAUUAUCCACGUCCGAAUAAUGAUAACAAUUAUCCACGCCCAAAUAAUGAUGAAAAUUAUUCACGUCCAAGUAACAAUGAAAACUAUCCACAGUCAAAUAACGAUGAAAACUAUUCACGUCCCAAUAACAAUGUAAAUCAUCCACGUCCAAAUAACAAUGAAAAUUAUCCACGUCCGAAUAAUGAUAACAAUUAUCCACGUCCAAAUAAUGAUGAAAACUCUUCACGUCCAAAUAACAAUGAAAAUUAUCCACGUCCAAAUAAUGAUGACAACUAUCCACGUCCAAAUAACGAUGAAAAUUAUUCACGUCCAAAUAAUAAUGCAAACCAUCCACGUCCAAAUAACAACGAAAAUUAUCCAAGUUCAAAUAAUAGUGGAUCCAUUCAAAGACCUUAUCCUGAUUACAAUAGAGAGGGUCCCCAUGGUCCAGGCGAUCGCAUAUCCGAUCGAAAUGAAUAUCCACAAAAUCGACAGUGCAGAGACGACGAAUUUCGUUGCGGAAGUAACGAGUGCCUACCGCGAAGGGUUAGGUGUGAUAAUAAAAAUGAUUGUCGUGAUUCCAGCGACGAAGAAUCUUGUAUGGCGAACAGAAAUAAUGACGACAGCUGUGUUCUACCUGGACAACCAGAAGGUGGGCAUUACGAAUUGGGUGGUUGUGACGAACGUUGCGAUAAACGUCCUGGUGAUACAGUUCCUAAAAACAGUUUCCUCAAUUAUACCUGUAAAAGCAAUUACAUGUUGAAAGGAAACACCAUUUCCGUUUGUGUCGACAACCGGUGGUAUCAGCCGCCUUCAUGCCAUAAAAUCUGUUCACCGUUGAACAGUACCAGCGUAGACAUUUCCUGCAGCUACCACGGGAAAACGGUGUCCUGUAGCGAGCGUAUACUGCCUGGUACGCAGGCUACACUCGCCUGUAAAUCAUCUUAUAAAUUACCUUUAACGAACGAUCCAGCUUACAGAGAGAUCACGUGUCUCGACGAUGGUUUAUGGGAUCGUCGCCUUUUCCGCUGUCUACCAGAAUGCGGAACGUCCAUCGCGCAUGGCAACACGUUAAUCGUAAAUGGAUUCGCAGCCAGAGCAGGGAUAUUUCCAUGGCACGUGGGUAUUUACGCCAAGGAGAAUACGGGCAGGUACCAGCAGAUAUGUGGCGGCACUUUAAUUAACAACAAUCUCGUCGUAUCAGCUGCCCAUUGUUUCUACGAUGAGGUUUACAACAGACUGUACAACGAAUCGAAAUAUGCUGUGGCCGCCGGCAAACAUUAUCGUGAUUGGAACGCCAGCGAAAAAUACGCGCAGAAAUCGUUGGUGGAGAGCAUCCAAGCGGGCGGCAGGUACCAGGGAGCGAGAGGUAAUUUCGCCAACGACAUAGCUUUAUUAAAGUUGAAGACGCCCUUCGAGCUGACUACCUUAGUGAGGCCCGUCUGCGUGGAUUGGGACAACACGCACGAGAGAGAGCAGCUGCAAGUGGGACACGGUGGCAAGGUGGUCGGCUGGGGCAAAGACAUCAAAGGUGAAUCCACCAAGAGCUUACAGGAAAUUGACAUGCCGUUCGUGCCGUACGAUCAGUGUUUGUCCGCGGUUCCUCAUGAUUUUCAAGGAUACCUCACGUCCGACAAAUUCUGCGCCGGCCAUUUAAACGGCUCGAGUGUCUGCGACGGAGACAGUGGCGGCGGCUUGUGCUUCGAGAAGGAUGGCAUUUGGUAUCUUCGCGGUAUCGUGAGUGUAAGCCCAGAGAACAAAGGCACUUGCGAUUACAACUCGUACGUUGGAUUUACCUCCGUCAGUCAUUUCCGUGACUGGAUCCGCGAGGCCUACGUGAACGAGUAAAUGUUUCGUUUGGGAUAUGUGAAUUGUGCCAACCCGUGAAAUAUAUCGCCAUAUCAUCGAGCCUGCAACGGCUAGACAGUUCGAUGUGACGUCAAAACGAGAUAACUGCAACAAAGCAUUAUUGACGAUUAUAAAUCUUCUUCACAAUUUUUUUAGCAUCGAGUGGCAAAAACGUGAAAAUGGAAGAAUAGAGAUUUAAAGAUUUGCGCGAUAUAAAACGCGCGUGAAAACGCAAUAUUAUCUCUGAGAGACGUUGUCGAAUAUGAUUUAAAAAAAGUUUCGAAAAUCUGUAUGCUGUGUACGAUACUCUUUUAUCAUAAUAAAACUCUUUAAUUAUGCUACACAGUUGUGACGUUACGUUUAGGAAUCAACAAGGAAGUCAUUAUGCCUGAUCGUUUCUGCGUCGCUGCAUAAUUACCCCCACUUGAAUUUUCCACGGUCAUGUAGAUAAGUAUCUUCGUGCGCAAAGUGACGCAAUAUGAAAUCGACUGUGUUUUCAUAUGAGUAAUAAUCUUGUUGCUAAUAAUCGACGUUUACUGCGCUAUCAUGUAUGCGUAUGUAUAUUUCCACAUGCUGUUGGACAUUUUUUAAAUAUUAGUAUACGAACGCGCAGAGAUCGAGCCGUAUCGAAAUGCACUUUGAAUGACGAGCGCCGUGACGGACGUCCUGCAGGACGGCUUUAUCUGACAGAAAUCUAAAUUAGUAACGAACGCGUCGUUUUAUUUACAGCGGCGUCGCGUCAUCCGUAACGCAAAGCACGGUGUCGUCGAGGAUUUCUUUUAUUUUUUUUGUUAUUCCGAUGCGUCGUGUUCCCCCGCAGGAAUUUCCCAGCGAUAUCGAGAUUAUCUUCGACGUGGGUAUCGGUACCCACAUGGACUUUGUUUUGCGAGCUUACUGUCUCCUCGAUAAAUUGAGUUCCGGAGCUUGAUGACGCAUCGGUCGUAGUCGGAGCUAUUUUAGCUUCGUAUUUCUCGCAAAUUCAACGCGAUCACGUUCCUACGGUGAUUAUGCUCAGCGAAACGCACAGUAGAUAAUUAAUAUCGC